GGAAGGGGGGGGGGGACAGGAUUGUCCCGGUAAAUAGGACCGGGGGACGCGAUGAAGCUGUACUGCCUGUCAGGACAUCCCACCUUGCCAUGCAACGUGCUCAAGUUCAAAUCCACCACCAUCAUGCUGGACUGUGGGCUGGACAUGACGUCCACCCUCAACUUCCUGCCAUUGCCUCUGGUCCAGAGCCCCAGGCUGUCCAAACUUCCUGGUUGGGUUUUGAAAGAUGGAAGCACUUUUCUGGACAAGGAGCUCAAGGAGUGCUCUGGCCACGUGUUUGUGGACUCAGUGCCUGAGUUCUGCUUGCCAGAGACUGAACUGCUUGACCUCUCCACGGUGGAUGUGAUCUUGAUCUCCAACUAUCACUGCAUGAUGGCACUGCCCUACAUCACAGAGUACACAGGGUUCACUGGGACAGUCUACGCCACUGAGCCCACUGUUCAAAUUGGCAGGCUGCUCAUGGAAGAACUGGUGAAUUCCAUUGAACGCGUGCCAAAGGCUCAGUCUGCCUCCAUGUGGAAGAACAAGGAGGUGCAGAGGUUGCUGCCGGCGCCGCUGAAGGACGCGGUGGAGGUGUCCAUGUGGAGGAAGUGCUACACCAUGCCAGAAGUGAACGCAGCCCUCAGUAAGAUCCAGCUCGUGGGAUAUUCCCAGAAAAUUGAGCUGUUUGGUGCCGUGCAGGUCACCCCCCUGAGCUCAGGCUACGCUCUGGGAAGUUCCAACUGGAUCAUCCAGUCGCACUAUGAAAAGGUUUCCUACGUGUCAGGAUCUUCUCUACUGACAACCCACCCUCAGCCCAUGGACCAGGCUUCCCUUAAAAACAGUGACGUUCUCAUCCUGACGGGUCUGACCCAAAUCCCCACCGCCAACCCGGAUGGAAUGGUGGGAGAGUUCUGCAGCAACUUGGCGAUGACUGUCCGGAAUGGAGGGAACGUGCUGGUUCCCUGUUAUCCCUCUGGAGUGAUCUACGACCUGCUGGAGUGCCUGUACCAGUACAUUGACUCUGCAGGGCUCUCCAAUGUCCCCUUUUAUUUCAUCUCACCUGUUGCCAACAGCUCCCUGGAGUUCUCCCAGAUCUUUGCCGAGUGGUUGUGUCAUAACAAACAAACAAAGGUGUAUCUUCCAGAACCUCCUUUUCCCCAUGCUGAGCUCAUUCAGACAAACAAAUUGAAGCAUUAUCCCAGCAUCCACGGGGACUUCAGCAAUGACUUCAAGCAGCCCUGUGUUGUGUUCACUGGGCAUCCCUCUCUGAGGUUUGGGGACGUGGUGCAUUUCAUGGAGUUGUGGGGAAAAUCCAGCUUGAACACUGUCAUCUUCACAGAACCUGAUUUCUCUUACCUGGAUGCUCUGGCUCCCUAUCAGCCCUUGGCAAUGAAAUGUGUUUACUGUCCCAUUGACACAAGGCUCAAUUUUAUUCAGGUGUCUAAAUUGCUCAAAGAAGUCCAGCCCCUGCACGUGGUGUGCCCGGAGCAGUACACGCAGCCCCCACCCACGCAGUCGCACCGCACGGACCUGAUGGUGGAUUGCCAGCCCCCGGCCAUGUCCUACCGGCGCGCAGAGGUGCUCACCCUGCCCUACAAGCGCCGCUACGAGAAGAUCGAGAUCAUGCCGGACCUUGCAGAUUCCCUCGUGCCCUUGGAGAUCAAGCCUGGCAUUUCCUUGGCAACAGUCUCUGCUGUGCUGCACACCAAGGACAACAAGCACGUGCUGCAGCUCCCUCCAAAACCUCCCCAGCCUCCUGCCAGCAAGAAGAGGAAGCGAGUGAGUGACGAUGUGCCCGAGUGCAAAGCUCUGAAGCCCUUGCUGAGCGGCUCCAUCCCCGUGGACCAGUUUGUGCAGACUCUGGAAAAGCACGGGUUCAGCGAUGUGAAGGUGGAGGACACGGCCAAGGGCCACAUUGUCCUGCUGCAGGAGGCCGAGACCCUCAUCCAGCUCGAGGAGGACUCCACACACAUCAUCUGUGACAAUGAUGAGCCCCUGAGGGUCAAACUGAGAGACCUGGUCCUCAAAUUCCUGCAGAAGUUCUAGCUCCUGGACAUCCCACUACUCCUGCAAGGGGAGAGCCCGGAGCACCGGGACUCGGAGCCCUCCGGGGAGAGAGAGAGGAUUUGGGGAUCCAAAGAGAGACCAGAAACCACCUUCCCCUCCAUGGAGAAGCAAGGAAGUAUUUUUAUUAUCUGUCUAUUUUUUACAUCUUAUUUUUAAGCUGGUUUUGGAAUACUUUGGAGGAGAUCCCUGUUGUGUGUAAAACUGGGAGCUGGAACAUUCCAGGAGACAGGAACUGCAGAGUGAAUUAACUCCAGUGUUCAUUUACAGCAUCAGGGUAAUCUGCUGCUCCUCUGUGUGACCCUCAGCAGUGUCUGCCCCAGUCCUUCCCCUGACAAAGCUCUGUAGGAAUAUGGAAACAAUGGCCUGAGAGAUUUCUUUUUCCUCCCACUGUUUCCUCCCAGUCACCAGAUCCCAGUUUUUCCUGCCUGUCCCCCAUCCGUGUUGGACACGUGCAUUGCACUGGCACGAGGAGGAUCAGAAAGCUGCUGAGGCAGAGGUUGUAGAAAUAAAAGCACAAAAAGGGGGUCUGAUGGACACAUGGAAUAGUGGGAAGGGUCUGGCCGUUCCCUGCAUGAGCAGAGGGAUGUUGGGAAGGCUUUAUCCUUUAGGAAUUCUGGGUGUUUGUUGAUGCUGCAGCUUCACCUGUUAACAACCAGUUCUGUCCAUGGAGCUCCAGGCCCCUCACUGAGCCAAACUAAAGCUGGUUCCUGGUGGUUUUCUCCAUCAUCAGGGGAGGAAAUACCUCAGGAAGACACUUGGGGAAGUCCAUAAAGCAGUUCCAUUCCUAGUGCUCAUAAAAAAAUCUUGGAGAUUUAAGUGCCUCUUGUUUCUACCUUCCAAAAAACUGUCCCUCCAGCCCCCACAUCCCAAACCCUGGGCGGAUUCUGAGUCAUUCACACAAAGCCAUCCUUGCUGCAGACCUGGGGAGGGUUUUCCCUCCCCAAAUCACCUAUUUUGGGGGCCUAAACUGAGUUAAUAGUUUUGCUUUUCCUGGGAUUUACGGCUGUCUGCUUUUCAUUGGGUUGGGUUUUGUAUUUAUUUGGUGUUAAAAAAGGGGUUUGGCAGCUUCUUCACUGUCCCUUAAAAAGGGAAUAAAAGACUUGGGAAGAUUUCA